AUGGCCGGAAACGUCGCCUUGAUCACUGGUGGGGCUUCUGGUAUGGGCCUGGCGGUCACAGAGAAACUGCUCUCAAAAGGCUGGAAGGUCACCAUCUUCGACUUCAACGCAAAGACCGGCGCAGAGCUGGCCGAGAAGCUGGGCUCCAAUGUCCUCUUCGUCCAGGGCAAUGCGGCAGUCUACAGUGACCAGGCCAAAGCGUUCUUGAAGACCUGGGAAAAGUGGCAGAGAUUAGAUUUUGUCUUUGCGAAUGCGGGCGUUGGUGACCGCGUCGACUUAUUCGCUGAUGCGCCAGAGGCCGAGAAUGGCGCUCCUCCUCAGCCAGAUAUCCUUCCCAUCGAUGUCUGUCUGAACGGCGUCAUCUGGUCCGCAUACCUCGCAUUCCAUUAUUUCAAGAAGAACGCUGGCCGGAAAGGCAAGUUGGCCAUAACGGCCAGCUUUGCGGGUAUCUACGCUGGGCCAGAGGUGCCCUUGUAUGCGGCAGCCAAGCACGGAGUAAGGCUGACUCUGGCGACGGGAGGGGAACAAAAGCUAACCUCCAUGCUCGAACAGGACGUCGCACUCGCCCGCAGCUUGGGCAAGUUGAUGAAGAGCCGCGGCGAGAACAUCACCGUCAACUGCAUCUGCCCGACCGUUGUAGCCACCAACCUGAUCUCGGCCGAGUUCGCCCAGGCGAUCCCCCCUAACAUGAUCACGCCCAUGACCACCAUCGUCCGCGCCAUCGAGAAGAUCAUUGAGGACGACUCGGUGAACGCCUGCGUCUUUGAGACCUGUGGCGAGGAUAUCAUCCCGAGGUCGGAACCGGCCCCAGCCAACAAGGUCGCUGCGUUUUACUUGGGCGCGGAUUUCUCGGAAGUUAAUGCAAACGAGUUGGAACUGAUCAAGGAGAGAGGCAAGGCCCUGGACCAGAUGGCAACUAGAUAA